AAUUUCACAACCAACAUCAGGUAGUCUCAUCCAGUAACGAUCUAUCAGCCUACACCAUACCGACGCCAGCCACCGCCGUCAAUGUAGAGCGUCUCCAACGGCCAGCCGACCUCUGACUCCUGAUCGUAGAUCUUCAAACCCCGAAUUAAUCGUUCGUCAACCCGCCGACGCCUUCCACACCAUCGUCGAACCUACCACCGUCCUUUGCACAGCGCGCUACCGGAUCCACACUGCGUCAAACUAGCUAUACACGAAGCCACACCGUCAAGAUGGAAUCCAAUAAUGGCCCGAAGCGAGUCGUUCUUCGUUUUGACGUUCGACACGACCUGGAGGAAGCAGCUAUAAAUGAACGAUAUUUCGCGCUAUUCGGCCCUGAACCUCCGAACGAUUUCUACUCUCACUUGAUGGCCCCCAACGAAUCUUCCAAGAUGCAUAUCGUUCUGGAUAUCCAUUGUAAAUCAUACCCAAGGAUCGACAACAGCAAGAUACCAUACGAAGUCUUCAAAGUGAAAAAGAAAGACGAAUUUGAAUUCGAAAAGCUUAAUAGUAUUGCAUGCCAAUAUGCUCGCGCGCGCUGCGAAAGGAUCAAAUGGGGCACUGACCGAUCUCAAUCUGAGGAAUUGGAUGGCGUUCGUGCAUUGCACGGAGGAGACUCUCCGGGUACGUUCGUAUCUUGAACAUCAAGGCACA